CUUCAUUUUCUUUUUUGGCUCUCUUUUCUUUUUCCUUUAUUUCUUUGUCAGACUGUGUUACAUUCAUCAUAAUAAGAUCCACAACAACAACCGCAUCCACCACUGUUUCUUCUUCUCUUCUUUAAAAGCCCUGCCAUCUCUUCUAGGAACGAACCAUAUAAAAAAAACACGCGAUCUAGCCUGUAAUAGAAACAACGCUUCAGGAACCACCCGUUUUUUCUCUUUCUUUCUUUUUUUUACCUUUUUUCUUUUUUUUUUAUCCAAAAAGGAUCUGCAUCAUUACAACUGCACAAUCAUGUCUUCGUCCGUAGGCUCUGGAUCAACUACAGACUUUCCUCCUGACCAUGAACGGCGAAUGCAAGGACCUUCAUCAAUCAAUUCUGGGUCUGGAGUAAUACCCACUAACCGGCCACCCUCAACACAACAGCCUCCACCGCAAUCGCAAGCACAAUCACAAGCACAUUCACAAUCACAAUUACAAUCGCAAUCGCUAUCACAAUCACAAUCACAAUCACAAUCACAAUCACAAUCACAAUCGCAGCCUCAACCGCAAUCAGGAACUCCAGCCAUGCCACCACCUCCUCCACGAACACAGUCUCCCUCGCGACACUCUGAGAUGCAAGAGCCAUUGGAUCCUCUUUCACAUCUUUCACACAUUUUUGAAAAGAUCAGGAAGCAAGUCAUUGAAUGGGGCGAAGAUGCCAACUGGAAGAUCGAUGUGUUUUUAUUACCCAACGAGGAUAAUCCCCCAACAACAGGAAAUAAUGCUCCUCCGCCAACAUCAACACCUAACAAUGCAUCUAUGGGAGCUUCUUCAACUCUUGAUACAACCCCAAUAGGAGAAGCAGGAUCAGCAUCACUCGCCCCUGUGCAUGCAAUGGCACCCAUGUCAGGCCUUCCUUCAAGCCCUUUACGGCAAGGACGAUCAUCGGAUAUCCAAAGUUCUGAACUUCGACGUCGUCGCGGAACUAGUCCGCCUGGUUUCACUCUUCAACCGCCACCAAGUGAUUUGCCCUUGAUUAAAAGCGAAGGCGUUCCAACAACACUAAAGGAGCAAGAUGUCGCAGCUAUGAGUGAAUCAGAAGCGAAACAAAUGCUAUCUAUCGCCAUUCGGCAAUUGCGGGAACAGCAAGAUUUAUUAUCUCAGGCAAUGCAGGAUUUAGAUACCAUGCAGCGCAUUAGCGCAAAGAAGGAGAGGGAUGCAGAAGCAAGACUUGAUGUUGAGAGACGUAUUCUGGAACAAGAUGCCUUGGUUCUCUCCAAGAAAUGGAAGGAUGCAACUUAUAGUUUGAUGGAAAAGGAUCGUGAAAUACGAGAUGUACACUCGCAGUUGGAGGCAGGGACGCGGUUAAUCAGGGAUCGUUAUCAAGAACGACGAAAGCGUCUCGAUGAACAUGGAGCUUUUCUCACACGUGGGAUGCCAGGAAAGGAUAGAUCGGAACAGAAUCAACAACAAUCAUCAACGCCAUCAUCAUCACAACCAUUACCAUCAUCGUCACCACUAUCACCGUUGGCUCAUCGACAUCGUCAUCGCCAUGUCCAUUAUCAUCGUCAUCAUCAUCGACACUUGACAAAACGACGUGAUAUGGGAACAGAUUCACUCGAAAACCUUGCCAUAUUAGCUACACAAGUGCUAUCAAGAGAACCUUUGAUCAUUUCAAAGAAAGCACUCAAUAACUCCAACGCCAACACCAACACCAACACUAAUGCCAGCAUCAAUAAUAGAAAUCAUAGCUCAUCCUUCGAUCCUGCGGCUGUCUACACAGGCGGAUACCUACGUGAAAAGAAGCGAACAACGACGGAAGAACGGGAUCAAGGUUUACAAUUACGACCCGUCAAAAGAGUAGAUUUGAGUGGGCUCAUGGAAAGCACAGAAAAACCUGUCACAGGCACAGGUACAAGCACAGCCACUAGCAUUAGCAUAGUUGCGGAUAGUCAAGUGUCACAACAGAGUUCAAAAAAAUCAACAUCUAAUUCAACAUCAGCAUCAACAUCAGCAUCAGCACCAGCACCAGCACCAUCUUUAUCUUUAUCUGGCCCCGCUAACGGAGCUUCAUCUCCGUCCUCCUCAAAAACCAUAUCAAACGGACGAGGAAGUACAGAGUAUUUGAGUAGAAGAUCACAGUACCAACGACAUCCUCAACAACAGCAACAGCAACAGCAGCAACAACAGCAACAGCAACAGCAACAACAACAACAACAGCAACAACAACAGCAACAGCAACAGCAACAGCAACAGCAACAGCAACAGCAACAGCAACAGCAACAGCAACAACAACAACAACAACAGCAAUCGGAAUCACAUUUACAUUCACAUUCUUCACGGUCCUCAGCUGGAGCAUCACAUCAUUAUCACUCUCAGUCCUCAUCACCAUCUAAGGAUAAUAAUACAAGUAGAUCUUCCAGCAAACAAAGGCGUUAGUUAAUGAACAAGGAUAAUGAAAAGAAGGAAAGAAAAGAAGAUAGAAGAAAAUCGUGAUCAUAACGUUGUUCUCUAAAGCUCUUUAUAAAAAAGAUAAAUUCUUCAAAG